UCACUGAGACAGCAGGGCGCCUGGAAACAGGUUUCAACAGCGCAGAGCAGAGAGAGGCUAUCUCGUUUGUCGCGCAGCUAGAGUAGCAGAAGAAUAUUGCGGAGUCCGGACCUGAGUGUUGUGUAUAGUAGGUUGGAUUUUCUUCUCCAAAUUCUGUCAGCGAUAUUUUUCGAUUUUGGGGGACCUUCAACAUCUCUGCGCAACGGCGGGGAGAAGCGAAAACAACCAAAAGUUACGCUGGAAGGGAGUAAUGUUACAUUUACAAGGAAAGAAAAACCGAACACAGAAAGGGAGCGGGGAAGUAGUGGCGAGCUAGCUGGUGAGCUAGCUAGUUUUGGAAGAAACCGCAAAGAAAGUAUGUCUGUGGCCGUGCGUAAUGCUUUCGCAAUGGAUUACAACAGAGUACUGUGUAUAUUUUUGCAGGUGUUUUUAUUGAUCAGUUUAGGAUCUAUACGGGUAAAUGGACAGUAUGGCGACCGGGGAAUGUCUAUUCCGGAGCACGGUUUUUGCCAGCCGAUUUCUAUUCCACUUUGUACAGACAUCGCAUACAACGAGACCAUCAUGCCAAAUUUACUAGGACACACAAACCAGGAGGAAGCAGGGCUCGAGGUACACCAGUUUUACCCGCUUGUGAAAGUUCAGUGUUCUCCUGAUUUAAAGUUUUUCCUCUGCUCCAUGUAUGCGCCUGUGUGCACGGUGCUUGAGCAGGCGCUUCCCCCGUGCAGGUCACUGUGCGAGAGGGCGAGACAGGGCUGCGAGGCGCUCAUGAACAAAUUCGGUUUUCAGUGGCCGGUCAGCCUCGCUUGCGAGUCUUUCCCGGUUCACGGAGCGGGCGAGCUGUGCGUCGGGCAGAAUAUGUCGGGUCAAAACACACCGGUCAACCCCACCCCUGAUGUAACAGAGCCUCCGCACGAUACUGCGAUUGGAAAAGGACAGUUCAAGUGCCCGGCUUCUCUGAAAGUACCCACUUAUUUGAAUUACCGUUUUCUCGGUGAGGAUGACUGUGGCGCACCGUGCGAGCCAAAGAAAUCUAACGGAAUGAUGUACUUCAGCGAGGAAGAGUUAAAAUUCGCCAGGAUAUGGAUAGUAAUCUGGUCCGUGUUAUGUUGUGCAUCCACGUUAUUUACCGUUCUAACCUAUCUGGUGGACAUGAAGCGCUUCAGCUACCCUGAGCGUCCUAUUAUCUUCCUAUCCGGUUGCUACACCAUGGUAUCCAUUGCCUACAUAGCUGGAUUUCUCCUUGAGGACAAGGUGGUUUGCAAUGACAGGUUUGACAACGACAUUAGGACUGUGGUGCAGGGUACCAAAAAGGAGGGUUGUACCAUCCUCUUCAUGAUGUUGUAUUUUUUCAGCAUGGCCAGCUCCAUCUGGUGGGUCAUCCUGGCCCUCACCUGGUUCCUGGCAGCUGGGAUGAAGUGGGGUCACGAAGCCAUCGAGGCCAACUCGCAGUACUUCCACCUGGCGGCGUGGGCUGUGCCCGCCAUUAAAACCAUCACUAUCCUGGCGGUGGGCCAGGUGGAUGGGGAUGUCCUUAGCGGCGUGUGCUUCGUGGGCAUCAACAGCGUGGACGCUCUCCGAGGCUUCGUCCUGGCGCCGCUCUUUGUCUACCUCUUCAUCGGCACCUCGUUCCUCCUGGCCGGCUUCGUGUCUCUGUUCCGGAUCAGAACCAUCAUGAAGCACGACGGCACCAAGACGGAGAAGCUGGAGAAGCUGAUGGUGAGGAUAGGGAUCUUCAGCGUGCUCUACACCGUCCCCGCCACCAUCGUCAUCGCCUGCUACUUCUACGAGCAGGCCUUCCGGGAGCAGUGGGAGAGGACGUGGAUCAGCCAGACGUGUAAGACGUACGCCGUGCCCUGUCCGGCCCACCCACACCCCAACAUGAGCCCCGACUUCACCGUCUUCAUGAUCAAGUACCUCAUGACUCUGAUCGUGGGGAUAACGUCCGGGUUCUGGAUCUGGUCUGGGAAGACCCUCAACUCCUGGAAGAGGUUUUAUACGAGACUGGCUAACAACAGACAGGGAGAGACCACAGUGUGAAUGGUCUGAGUGGGGUGAGACCUCUGGAUGUACUUUAGCCUAUGAUGGGCGUCCCCCACACACAAAAAAAAUAUGUUUAUUUACAGACUGAAUGAAUGAUAAUCGUUUUUGGACUUAAUUGCCAUGCAGAGACACUCAUUGGUACAUGAUGUUUCUAUUGUACAUAAAACAUUUUGUGAGAUUUUUGUAAGUAUAUAUUUGUAUUUAAAGAUCAAAAUUCUCUUUUUUAGUGUUUCCCUCUAUUAAAACCAACAUUUAUUUGACACACUUUGGGCAUAAUGAAAAUGGACCUAAGUGAUAAAGCUAACUGAGCAUUUAGCAUUAAGGAUGUGGUUGUCUUAGGACCUGAGUUGGCUUGGUCACUGUUGGGAGAGGGUUGUAACUGUCUUUGAUCAGUAGACUGGCUCGGAACAUUGUUUCUAUUCUAAGCAGCAGAGUCCCGUGAAAAACAAUUGCUUCCUCGUGGGUCCUUAUCCCCCAUUAUACUGUUGUUCUUUCUGUCCAGCUGUUCUCUUCUAUUCAACAUAUUUCUAAAUGCCUAAAUGCCUGGGAUUUGAAGGUUAAAAAUAUGAUCAACAUGUAUUUUAAAACGAGGUAUAGAUUUGGGAUUAUGUGUUCACCAUAUUUCUAAAUGCCUGGGAUUUGACGGUUAAAAGUACAGUCAGCAUUUUUGUAACAAGAAAGUAGGUAUAGGUUUGGGAUUGUGUGCACAUGUACUGUGUAGCCUACAUGACAUGAAUCCUCCAAAUGCAAAUGUUUUCAUAACCUGAAUGAGAAUGAGCCAGAAUGAGAACAUUUAGCCCAAAAUAAAGCCUGAAUAGUUGCACCAAAGUUAAAAGCCGUCUUUUGGUGACACAAUAUUGUAAUAGAAUGGAAGUAAACCAUUUGCAGGAUCUUUUCAACAUUUUGUUUAUGUGUUUCAGAUAGCCCUGCUGCCUAUGAACACAGAACAGACACACGUUGUUUGUGGCUUUGUUUACCUUUUUGAGCACUUUGAGGGGAAUUACUAGCCUGGUCCCAGAUCUGUUUGUGCUGUCUUGCCAACCCCCGAAGAACCAUAGGAGUAGGCAGGACAGCACAAUCAGGUCUUGGACCAGGCUUUUGGAAUACAGAAUGCUGGACAGAGACAGCUCCGACUCAGAGGUGGGCUACGUAACACAUCAGCUGCACUCCCUAAUGCUUUCUCACAGACAGACAGACAUACAGACAGCUGAAAUACCAAUACUUCACUCAUGAACAAGUUGAAAUACGCAGUAGCCUACUCUACAGCCGGCUGUAUAAUUGGCUUAUAAAAAUUUAAAACAGAUGAAUAAUUGAAGGAGAUAGGACAGUGCGUUUUGUAAUUCUCAGACCUACAGGUAAAUCAGAGUCAGAAAAGUAUUAUUCCCCAGAAGGUAAUUGUUGGCAAAAUGUGGCUGUAUUUUUUUACAAUGGGCCCAGGUGGCAGCUUUGAGCAGUCCCCUUUCACCCCUGAGUCAUUUCUCCUGGUUAAGUGUGUGUUUGUGUGUGCACACAUGCUCGUGUGUGUCGGUGCUAACCAUGCAGGAUGAGCAGCUCUCUUUAGGCUUUAUAAAGCUAGACACCGUGAUCUGUCCCCACCUCAGACAUCUUCUGUUAUGUUCUUGUCAAAUGCAUGGAAGUUAUUUUACCUUAAAUGGCUCUCUAUUAAACUACAUGUUCAUGCCUUUCACAUCUAUUAUGUUUAAUUCUGGUAUUCUGCAUUUGUUUGUUAUUAAAAACAUUAUAUUUAUAGACACAUUUCUUUAUAUCCACACUGAUUACUUUAAAGAAUAAAAAAUCCCACCUUUGCACCAAC